UCAGUCAAAGACUCCUCACAUUUCGUCAAUGCGAAAAGGCCAACCUCUUGAAAUUAAUCGGACUUUGUUAUGGGGAAGGUAAAAGGGUUUUAUGACCUCGUGAAAAACUACAAUAAAUCGUUGAUUAUUUGAUCCACUGUUACCUAUCCGCGAUUCCAUGUGAUUGUCUAACGUGAGGGAUCAUUUCCGGACGAUUUUGCAGACGAUAUGGAGUUUAGGAGUAUCCAGUGGCCUGAGUUCUUCAGGAUUUUCCUUUUCUACGGAGCGGCAUGGUCACUAGUGGUUGUCAAUGGAUGUCCCGAAGACAAGAUAGGAAGAGUCAUUGCCUGUCUGACCAGUCCGGCUGACCAGCAUGAAGACUCGAGCUCAGUUCUAUUAUCAGGAAGAGACGUUCGAGAAAUGGAAAAGUACUGUAGAAGUGGUUCAGCCGGUAUGCUAGACUGCAUUACCGUCCUUUUCGACAACUGUACAAAGCCGGAUGACAGACAGCUCCUGGUCAAGUUUGCCGACCGACAGAAGCUCAAUUCGACUUUCGCUCGCUUCUGUGAAGACUUUGAUGUAUAUAGGUCCAAUAGCGGAUGCAUUUCCGCUCAGGAGCAGGCUGUUCACAAAUGUCAUGAGGAUUCGAAGAAAACACUGGUACCCCUCGGACCUGUACAUUCAGUGUGCAGAACUUUCCAGAUCACGUAUGAGUGCAGCACAGGACCAGUGACUAGAAUGUGCGGACGACAGACAGGUGACGUCAUUCGUAACUUUCUCCGAGGAAUAACGCCCCCUAUAUGUCAAGGGUACGACCACAGAGACACAAGAUCCACAGCGCAUGUCAGCACUGCAUGUGACAGUCACGUGAUUGUCAGUGUCAACGUAUUCGCCUUCGUUGUAUACUCAUUAGUAAGGCGAUGAUAUCGUAGGAGGCGACAACCUUAUGAAUGUACACAUUUUUUCUAAAAGUACGAAACUACGGCUAGUGUUUAUAUCACUUCCUUGUAGAACCUGGAGCUAUUUUUGACUACAUCAUUGUAAUUGUACAGUGUAUCCCUAUCGAAGAAAUCAAAAUAUCAUAGUAAACAGUAUCAUCAGUGUUUAUAAAUAUCGUAGAAAUCAGUUUCUCUCAUCAUUCAUGGAUUUAUCUCCCUUUUUACCUAUUCAAGAUUUUAGAGGGUGUGGUUUCUCUGUCACCCCUAGAGGGUAUGAUUUCUCCGUCAAAUCCUGGCGCAUGACAGAUAGCACGUGCUGGCAAAAAGAAAAUGACAUGACAACAUUGUAUGGCGUUUUAUUAUAUUUUUUAUGUAAAUAGUAUGCUGGGAGAACAUCAUCAACACCUACAUUGAGAUCCAGAAAAAGACAUUUCUAACGUUCUAUGUGAUAUCCUUUAUUGUCGUACCCGACACAGCGUUUGGCAACCAAAAAUAUCAUCCCUCGGAUAGAAGAUUGCUCUGUCACGCCCUAAAUGUAAUGAGAAAUUAUAUUCAUCAUACGUAUCUGUAUCGUAGAAAUCGGUAUCACCACGAUCUUGAUCAGAAUAUCGAGCUCAUUACAUACAACUGUUAAUAUGUACAGUUGAACGUCGUUGUCUCGCAGUCAGUGGGAGUCAUAGCAAACUUCGAGAUAACCCGAGUUUUCGAGGUAAUCGACUCUAUUUUGUAUAUAAUUUUAACUGUGGCAACUGAUUUUUCUACUUCGAGUUAAGCAGUCUUCGAGUUAUCAGAGUUCAAGAUAACGAGGUUUGACUGUAUAUUCCUAAGUAAGAAUUCGUGUGAUGAGUCGCAAUUUCGGGAAAGUCAACUCAUAAUCACGAAUCAUCUGUGUCGUUAUCAGGCGAAUUUAUCAACUAGUGAUAAUAAAACAUCCUUAUGGAAUAUAUAUUGAAUAUAUGUAAAUGUACGUACCAUAAGUCAUUAUUGUGUAUUUCGUAUCGUGACUUUGUUUAUCAGUAGAUGUAGACAGUCUCAUGACGUCACCGGAAGCAUUUUACAUACAUGUAUUUGUAAAAAGGAGGCCUAUAUGAUACAAAUGCCCGUGUUAUGUCGCACUAACAACAUGAAAGUACAGAGAUAACGUACA